AUGGGUGCAUGUGGUACAAUUCUUUUAUUACUUUUAUGUAUAUUCUUUUUAUCACCAGUUGCUGUACUUAUUAAGAAAGGCUGUUCCAGCGCGUUCUGGUUAAAUUUAAUUCUCUUCUUUUUAGGUAUUAUCCCGGGCAUAGUACAUGGAAUUUAUGUUAUUCUUUCUUAA